AUGAUUCAUAUGAAUGAAGACGAAAUAACAUCACUGCCGGGUCUCUCGGAUGCCAUAAAAUUCAAACAAUAUUCCGGUUAUUUGAAUGCAUCGAAAGGCAGACAUCACUUCUAUUGGUUUGUUGAGAGCGAAUCCGACCCCCAAAACGCACCGGUAGUGCUAUGGCUGACGGGAGGGCCCGGAUGUAGCUCUAUAUUCGGGAUGAUUACAGAGAACGGACCCUUUCGGGCCAAUGAAGACGGAAAAACACUAUCACUCCAUGACUUCGCGGCCAAUAAAGUGGCAAAUAUGGUAUACAUGGAGUCUCCCGUUUCCACUGGUUUUAGUUAUGAUGAAAAUAGCCGACAGCCGCGCAACGACGACGUGACCACCGCUAACGACAACUACUUAGCCCUCGAGAGCUUUUUUGUAAAGUAUCCGCAUUUGAAGAAAAAUCCGUUUUACAUAACGGGUGAGAGUUAUGCCGGCGUUUAUAUACCAAUGUUAGCGCACGAAAUAUUUAAGCGAAACUCAACCAUCAAUUUGAAGGGUUUAUCUAUUGGCAACGGAUUAAUUAAUGGAGGCGAUGAUUCACAAUCUUCGUUAGACUUUGCUUUAGGACACGGAUUAAUUACCACCGAGUAUUACGAGAAGAAGAUAGAGGCCUGUUGUGAGUGCAAGACUGGCGUUCAACACGAGUGUGAUUUUAGUAAAGCUCCCAACAGAACCAAAUGCCAAUCCGUUGAAGGCUCUGAGGUCUCCACUCCUAAUCCAUACAAUAUAUACGACGAGUGUUUCCCGGAUCUAGACUUACAAAAGGUGUUCAAUGCAUACUCUAAGCAUCACUUUGAAAAGAUUGGACUCAAAUUCGCGAUUAACGAUGGAUUCAAAUACAACGCUAAACCCAAGUGUCCAGUGAAUGGUCACACGCCUUACCUCAACGACCCGGCCGUACAAAAGGCACUGCACGUAAGGGAAGGAGGGGUGCAUUGGGGCGCAUGUGAUGGCAAUUACGAUCGCUCGCACGGAUACACCUCUCAGGUGGAGACUACCAUUGAGUUGAUCCAAAAGUACAAAAUCGGUCGUUUUGUCGUAUAUAACGGCGACUUUGAUAUAAUGUGUGACUUUGUAACCGACCAACGCUUUGUCGAUGGGAUCGCUGUCUCGACCCAAAGCAAGAAAGUUGGAAGAUAUCAUGAAUGGAGCGAAGAUGGUCAGGUCAGCGGACGCAUCGGUGGUUUUGUUCAGCACUACGAGAAUGGCCUGAGUUUUGUGUUAGCCCGCGGGGCCGGACAUAUGGUGCCCGAAGAUAAGCCCGAAGCGGGGCUUCAGAUAUUGAAGGAUUUGGUUGCAGUGAAUGAAGACGAGAUAACAUCACUGCCGGGUCUCUCGGAUGCCAUAAAAUUCAAACAAUAUUCCGGUUAUUUGAAUGCAUCGAAAGGAAGACAUCAUUUCUAUUGGUUUGUUGAGAGCGAAUCCGACCCCCAAAACGCACCGGUAGUGCUAUGGCUGACGGGAGGGCCCGGAUGUAGCUCUAUAUUCGGGAUGAUUACCGAAAACGGACCCUUUCGGGCCAAUGAAGACGGAAAGACACUAUCACUCCAUGACUUCGCGGCCAAUAAAGUGGCGAAUAUGGUAUACAUGGAGUCUCCCGUUUCCACUGGUUUUAGUUAUGAUGAAAAUACCCGGAGUCCCCACAACAACGAUGAGACCACCGCUAACGACAACUACUUAGCACUCGAGAGCUUUUUUGUAAAGUAUCCGCAUUUGAAGAAAAAUCCGUUUUACAUAACGGGUGAGAGUUAUGCCGGCGUUUAUAUACCAAUGUUAGCGCACGAAAUAUUCAAACGAAACUCAACCAUCAAUUUAAAAGGUGUAGCGGUUGGUAACGGAGCACUUAAUGCAGGCCAUGAUUCACAAUCUUCGUUAGACUUUGCUUUAGGACACGGAUUAGUGACCACCGAUUGGUACGCGAAGAAAAUAGAGGCCUGUUGUGAGUGUACGGCUGGUAUUCAACACGAGUGUGACUUCAGUAAAGCCCCCAAUAAAACCAAAUGUGAUUCCGUUCCUAACGUCAGAGUCUCGACUCCUAAUCCAUACAAUAUAUACGACGAGUGUUUCCCGGAUCUGAAUUUACAAGAGGUGUUCAAUACAUACCAUAAGCAACACUUUGAGAAGAUUGGUCUCAAAUUUUCAAUCAGUGAUGGAUUGAAACAAAACGCUAAACCCAAGUGUCCAAAGAAUGGUCACACGCCUUACCUCAACGACCCGGCCGUACAAAAAGCACUACAUGUAAGGGAAGGGUCGGCUCGUUGGGGUGCAUGCAAUGGGAUGAGCCAUUACCAGAAGGGGGCCGACAUCUCUCAGGUGAAGACUACCAUUGAGUUGAUCCAUAAGUACAAAAUCGGACGUUUUGUCGUAUAUAACGGCGACUUUGAUAUCGUGUGUGACUUUGUAACCGAUCAACGGUUUGUCGACGGAAUCGCUGUCUCAACACAAAGCAAAAAACUUGGAAGUUAUCGGAAAUGGACUGAAGACGGAAAACCCGACGGAAGGAUCGGUGGUUUUGUUCAGCACUACGAGAAUGGCCUGAGCUUUGUGUUAGCCCGCGAUGCCGGACAUAUGGUGCCCGAAGAUAGGCCCGAAGCGGCUCUUCAGAUAUUGAAGGAUUUGAUUGGCAUUUCUAAGUUAUAA